AUGGCUUUAAAACGAAUUAAUAAGGAAUUACAAGACCUCGGCAGAGAUCCUCCGGCACAAUGUUCAGCAGGUCCUGUUGGAGAUGAUUUAUUUCACUGGCAAGCCACAAUUAUGGGACCACCUGAUAGUCCAUACCAGGGUGGAGUGUUUUUCUUAACAAUCCAUUUUCCAACAGACUACCCUUUUAAACCUCCUAAAGUGGCAUUCACGACGAGAAUUUAUCAUCCUAAUAUAAAUAGUAAUGGAAGUAUUUGUCUGGAUAUACUUCGUUCUCAGUGGUCUCCAGCCCUCACUAUUUCAAAAGUUUUGUUAUCAAUCUGCUCACUGUUGUGUGAUCCAAAUCCAGAUGAUCCAUUAGUCCCAGAAAUCGCUAGGAUAUACAAAACCGAUCGGGAAAAAUACAACGAGCUGGCGCGCGAGUGGACUCGCAAGUACGCUAUGUGA